AUGGUACGCACCACUCUAGCGAAUCCCUCGAACCACUCGCUUCAGGCCGUGAAUCUCGGAGCUACAGCCCUGUCCGGUCUGGCGGGCACGGUGACAAACCUCUGCAAGGCAGGCCUUGCUGUGCAAUUCUGGCCAUUGAAUCGUCGGCAAUGUGCCGCCUACCUCAACCUGAUGUUGCCCCUGUAUCAAUUCGAAAAGAAUCGGCACUGGCUUGAAUGGAAGGACCGCGUGGAGGAAGUCGCAGCUUUGCCAGCACCCACCACCUCAAAGCCUGUUCUUCUAUCUCUGGUCCGAUACCUCGACAAGGCAAAGCGGGAGGCCGAUUCCAAGCUGGCCGACUAUUUGACCGGCGCUGCAGAUCCGCUAGAAAUCCUCUUACGGUCAAAGGAGAAUAAGGUAAUCCUGGAGGAGGUGUACGCCAAGGGGCCAAUGUACGAAGCCAUAACUGGGCAGCUAUGCAGCUUGCUCGAUGGCGUCUUCUACCCAAACACGGACGAACCAUUUGAGAUCCUCGAGUUGGGUGCCGGCACAGGUGACACCACGCUUUAUGUGGUCGAUCUUCUGGAGCGUCGUGGUAUCCCCUUCCGCUAUAGGUUCUUCGAUCUCUCAGCCUCGCUGGUUGCCGCAGCCCGCAGAAAGUUCGCCGGUCACUCAUCAAUGCAGUUCCAAACCAUCGAUAUCGAGAAGCCGAGCAAUUCCCUGAGUGACGAGGAGAUUGUGGCAUGGCUGCAGAAGGCAUCCAAUACCGUCUUCCAUGCUUUGUGCGUGUGUGUCAUGGGUAAGAAGAGCGAUAGCAUGAGCGUGUUGGACUCUAAGGCGCGAGUUUAUCGCGUGUCUAACCUGCGAGUGGUGGAUAUUUCAUCGUUCCCGUUAUUGGUGCCGGGGCAUCCCAUAUCUACGAUCUAUGCCCUGCCGGAGAAGAUUGCGGACGAUAUGAUCCGGUGUCGUUAA